AUGCCACAACAAAUAGUCAAUAGCUUUCAGCAAGCAUUGAAUCUUUCAGGUUCUCCCAAUGCUGUUUCCACUUCUCCAACACAAUCGUAUUUGAGUCAGUAUGUUCCUUCCAAAGCAACAAAAGCAUUAAAACCAUUUUCUACUGGAGAUAUCAAGAUACUAUUAUUAGAGAAUGUUAAUCAAACAGCUAUCAACAUUUUCAAGGGUCAAGGAUACCAAGUUGAAUUUUACAAAUCGUCGUUACCAGAAGAAGAGUUGAUUGAGAAAAUUAAAGAUGUACAUGCUAUUGGUAUUAGAUCCAAAACCAGAUUAACUGAAAAAGUGUUGAAAUUUGCCAAAAAUUUAGUUGUUAUUGGAUGUUUCUGUAUUGGUACCAACCAAGUUGAUUUGGACUUUGCAGCAAAAGCUGGUGUUGCUGUUUUCAACUCCCCCUUUUCCAACUCGAGAUCAGUUGCUGAGUUGAUCAUUGCCGAGAUUAUUACAUUGGCAAGACAAUUGGGUGAUAGGUCGCUUGAAAUGCAUACUGGUACAUGGAAUAAAGUUAGUGCCAAAUGCUGGGAAAUAAGAGGCAAAACUUUGGGGAUUGUCGGAUAUGGACAUAUUGGAUCACAGUUAUCUGUUCUUGCAGAGGCAAUGGGUAUGAAUGUGAUUUACUACGAUAUAAUGACCAUUAUGUCCUUGGGUAAUUCGAAACAAGUUUCAACCUUGGAUGAGUUAUUGAACAGGGCUGAUUUUGUUACUUUGCACGUACCGGCUACUGCAGACACCAAGAAUUUGUUGAGUGCACCUCAAUUUGCUGCUAUGAAGGAUGGUGCCUAUGUGAUUAAUGCCUCUAGAGGUACUGUUGUUGAUAUACCAGCAUUGGUCCAAGCUAUGAAGGCCGGUAAGAUUGGUGGAGCUGCAUUGGACGUUUAUCCUCAUGAGCCUGCUAAGAAUGGCGAAGGAUUAUUCAGUGAUGAUUUGAAUGAGUGGGCAAGUGAGUUGACAUCAUUGAGAAAUGUUAUUUUGACGCCACAUAUUGGCGGGUCUACAGAGGAAGCGCAAUCUGCCAUUGGUGUAGAAGUUGCUAAUGCAUUAUCGAAAUACGUUAACGAGGGUAAUUCACAAGGAGCAGUCAAUUUCCCAGAAGUAUCGUUGAGACCAUUAGAUUUGGAUCAGCAGAAUGUUGUUAGAGUACUAUACAUCCACCACAAUGUUCCUGGUGUUUUGAAAACGGUGAACAAUAUUUUGUCCAACCAUAAUAUUGAAAAACAAUUUAGUGAUUCUCAGGGUGAUAUUGCUUAUUUAAUGGCUGAUAUUUCUGAUGUCGAUAUCAGCGAUAUCAAAUCUCUUUACGAGCAAUUGGAGCAAACUCCGUAUAAGAUUGCUACCCGGUUGUUGUAUUAA